AUGGCUGCGUCUAUUUUUGCCACAAUAAAAGAAGUAUUCCUGCAAAGGUACACUGAAAUAACAGAGCAGAAACUGCCGAGAUACACAUUUCGAAUGAGCACCAAAAAAAGACUUACAUUUUACACGGGAAUCUCCCUUGCUGCCAUAGCAUGCACUUGCAUAAUUCAUUUCUUCCUAGAUUCCACUAGUAUGAUUACCAUUGACUUUUCCCAUUGCAUCACCGAUAAAUGUGAAUAUUCAUUUACAGUGAAAAAACCAAAGACAAACACGUACAUGUACGGUGCAGUAGAGGGUGCAGCACAAACACACAUGAAAUAUAUGAGAGAAGAUCCUUUCUAUCAAGGCACAUCACAGGAUGAACUAAAUAUAGAUUGCACUCCUUAUGUAGAAGAUGGUGAGUGGGUAUAUCCUUGUGGUAUUAUUAGAUCCACAUAUCCUAACGAUAAAUAUACACUUCUCAAUGAGAAUAAUAUUAUGAAGAUUCAUGCAGAUAGAAAUAGUCAAAUUAGCAGCUGGGCUAAGUCAUCUUCCUUCUCAUCUGCAUAUUUCAAGAUAGGAAAACUAGAUGAUCUUCAGCCAGGCGAGUAUAAAUUAAUUGUGGAAAAACAAAAGAGCCACCCACUCCCUAAUAGGAAGGUAAUAUUUGUGAGUAAUGUAGGAAUAUUUGGGAACUUAUUUUAUAAUUCGUAUAUAUAUAUGCUAGGAAUAUCUGCAGUUUUAGCUUUCAUGAAUGGCCUAGCAUGCAUGUACUACGUGUAA